AAACCUGCAGGCAUUAGUUUCACUUUCUCUUUCAGGUUCCUACUGUGACUAUAAAAGCACACACACACACCACAGCUCACAGAGCUGUCUCCCAGCCCUUCUCUGAGAGUCCAGUUGGUGUGCAAGUCCACAAGACAGCAGAGUUAGAAGACAGGAUUCUGAGGAGCCUGUCCUGGUGAGAACCCAGAGAACUGCUGCCACCUUCACAGCAACCAUGGGAGAGAUUGCUGGCAGUGAUCUGGUCAAGGAGAAUUUGAUUCAGCUGAGGUGUCACUUCACAUGGCAUCUGCUUUUGGAAGACAUCGACAUACCUGAUUUGGAAAUGAGGAUCUCUGAUGAGCUUGAAUUCCUAGAUAUCAAAAACACAGUGAGGAUGCUCAACCUCAGGGCCUAUGUGAAACACCUGAAAGGAGAGGAUGAGGAAGCACUUCAGAACUUGAAAGAAGCAGAAGCCAUGAUCCAGGAAGAGCAUUUUGGCCAGAGAAGCUUGGUGACCUGGGGCAACUGUGCCUGGGUGCAUUACUACAUGGGCAGCUUGGCAAAAGCCCAGACCUACCUGGACAAGGUGGAAAACACAUGCAAGGAAUUGGGCAGUCCCUACCGCUAUAGUAUGGAGUGUUCCGAGAUGGUCAAUGAGCAUGGUUGGGCCUUGUUGAAGUGUGGAAGACAGAAUUAUAUAGGAGCCAUGACCUGCUUUGAAAUGGCUCUGACAAUGGAGCCUGAAAACCCUGAAUACAACCUUGGCUAUGCACUUGUAGCCUAUCACAUAGACUUUGAAGACAAUAAUAUCCCUCUAGAAUUCCUAAGGAAGGCUGUCAGGUUAAAUCCAGAAGAUCUGAAUAUUAAAGUGUACCUUGCACUGAAGCUUCAGGAUAUAGGAUUAGCAGCUGAAGCAGAAUCAUACAUUGAAGAAGCCCUCAGUAGCACAUCCUGCCAACACUACACAUUUCGCUCUAUAGCCAAGUAUUACCGAAGGAAAGGCUGCAUAGACAAGGCUCUCCCUCUGCUACACAGGGCCUUGCAGGCGUCACCUUCCUCUGGCUACCUGCAUUACCAGCUAGGGCUCUGCUACCAUAGACAAGUGAUGCAACUGAGGACAUCCACUGAUAAGCCGGCCCAAAGGCAGGCUGCACAACAGGCCAUUCUUGAAUUUCAAGAGGCUGUGAAACUCAGGCCUAGAUUUGAGAUGGCUUAUGUUUGCAUGGCAGAAGUUCAAGCAGAAAUCGGCCAACAUGAAGAAGCAGAGGCAAAUUUCCAGAAGGCGCUGAACAUGAAGGAACUGUACAGGAAUCUUGAGUGUCACAAAGAGCAGGAUAUUCAUUUACGCUAUGGCCUUUACCAAGACUUUCAUCGGAAAUCAGAGGAUGAGGCUAUCAGCCAGUACUUAACAGGUCUUAGUCUGAAUGAAGAAAACUUUGUCUGGAGGAAACUACUCAAAGCUUUGGAGGAAGUGGCCACAAGACGUGUUCGCCAGAAUGUUCGACUUGUGGAGAGCACCAGCUUGCUUGGGUUAGUCCACAAACUGAAAGGGGAUAGGAAGGAAGCCCUGCAGUUCUAUGAGAAGGCUCUGAGGCUCACUGGGGAAAUGAACCCUGAGUUCUGA